CUAAGUGAUGAGGAGUGGGACAGUCCCUGUCGUGCACCUGACACCAUGGACGAUUACCCUAUGUACGGCUUGCUCGUGGGGUUCUCCCUAUGGGGGACCCUCUGGCGUCUUCUCUUUCCUCUGGGAUUUUGGAACACGAUGACGUGUAGAGUAGAGACGAGGGGUGGUGCUAGUACCACUCCCUAUACCUUGGAGCAGGAGGAGGAGGCUGCAGGAAUCUUGGCUGAGCAGAAGGCUAGAAAAGAGAAGGAGGUAGUGAAGCAGGCCAAGAAGUUGGCCAUGUUGCAGGAGCAAGCCGCAAAGAAAAAGAGGUUGGAGGAAGAGCUGGAAAGGCUGAAGGAGGAGGAAGAAAAGCUAAAAGCAGAGGAGGAAAAAGAAGAAGAAGAAGAGAAAAAGGUGGAAGAAGAAGUGCCCCUAAUUAGAAGAAGUAUCAGGGAGAGAGGAGAGACGAGUGGCACAAAGAAAGAGGAUUCCUGGCUGGAGAAGAAAGUUUCUGAAUGGGUUGCUAAUCUGUCUCUGGGAGAAGAGGAGGGAGGAGGCAAUGUUGUGAGGUUCGAGGGCAUAGGGCGAUUUUGCACAGGUGCCAUUGAAGGCGCAAAGUUGGCUGCACCAAGAGAGGAAGAAGCUCGUCCCCGUAGGGAGCCUGUUAAGGUGAAGUUCCCUGAUUCCUACAGUGGGAAGGAGGAGGAGAACAUUGAUAAUUGGGAGGCACAUGUGAACUCCUGCGUGCAUCUUCAAAAAAUAUCUCCUGACGAACAUGUUCUCGUAGCCUUCCAUCCGCUCAAGGACGAAGCAGUGAGCUUCGCUCGGUCACUUUGUCGCGCUGCUAAGUGUGAUAACGAUAUGGUUGCCUAUUCUGCAAUCACCCCUCUCAGUGAGUUUUUCAAAUUAUUGCGCGAAAGGUUUGCAGAUGUCACACGAAGCGUUAGAGCUUCUGACAAACUGCAGACCAUUCAUUCCUGCCAAUGGAGGAGCGCCAGGGCACUCGAGGGUGUCAUGGAUGAGUUGGUCGCCGUUCCUGAUCAUGGGGUCACUGAGACCCAAUUAGUCAACCUAUUCUAUCGUGCCAUGCCUGAGUCGUUGCGCAGACACUUCUUUGAGAAGAGUAGAGAGUCUACCAUGACCUACGAUACUUUGAGUAGGGAAGUGGUGUUUGAAGCGCAGUCCAUGCCAGUUUCCACUUUCUGGCAUGACCUUGAUAAGGGAAAGAAGUGGAAAGGUCGUACCAUCUCGGGUCAGGUUAAGGGCAAGGAUCACCUGAUCCUUACAUUAGAUGAGGGUGGUAUGGAACAGGUCCCCUAUGAGCAGAUAGAGUGGGGCCUAGAGGAAGAAGAUAGUCGCAAUAGUCAGGGGAGGACUUACACCGUUGUCGUGCCUGAGGGGAGGCCGCAGGGUAGAGGAGGAGGCCAGGGCCAAAGGGGCCAGGCUUCCAGUGGUCGAGGACAGGGCGAUCAGGGGGUUGGUGGUAGAGGAGGCCGCCAAGCGGGAGGCGUGGCAAAAGAAUUGAAGGAGAGGAUGCCUGCCUGGGCCAAGAUGAAGAAGGAGGCAUUUAGAGGAGGAGUCGGGGCCCUUAUAGACAAUGGGGCCACUCGCAGCUAUAUUAGUAGAAAAGCGCUGCAGACGCUGAAGUUAAAUCCGAAGGUCCAAAAGUUAGAAGACCCUGUAGUCAGUAUCCUCGCAGACAAUCGCACUAUGCGAGUCGAGGAUUACGUUGAGGGAGUCCAGGUGUACUUUCGCCUAGAAAAGGAUGGGAAAGUGGAGAAAGCUCUCCAUUCCCUGACUCUCCUCAUAGAGGAUAGCCUUCCUUUCGACAUGGUCCUAGGAAUGGACUAGGGAGAGGCAGCAGGGGCCACACUCCUUGAGAGAGCACGAGUGUAGGCUCCCUAGUCCAUCAGGCGAAGUUAAGACUGCUCGCCUGUUCCAUGUGUCAGGAGUAGAUAACUCCACUUGAGACACACACACCGCUGCAGCAUUUGCUGCAGCUGCUGUUGCAGCCGCAGCAGCUUCUACAGAUGCAACAACUGCUUCAGUAGUGUCAGCAGGUGCCAGCAGCGCCUGUGCUGCAGUGCACCUGCAACAGCAGAUACAUGUGCACCAGUGGGGCGCUGACACUCAAGUAAAGUUGUGUCAACCAUUCCUAGGAGAGAAGGUUAACAGAGAAUCUUGAGAAAUUUCUUAACAGAGGAAAUUCCAAUUCUCCAAGAGAGAAGGUUAGCGAAGACCCAAAAUUUCAGACCACUUGCCAUGCCAUUUAUAUGAAAACCAAAGGGUCAUUUUAAUAAAACUUGCCACCAAUU